AUGGAACCAAAAAGUGGAAUCCGCAGUAUCCCUGGAAAAGUGAAACUUCUUAUAGCAUUGCUUGUUUUGCAAUUAUGCUACGCAGGAUUUCAUAUAGUCUCAAGACUUGCACUUAAUAUUGGUGUCAGUAAGAUUGUGUAUCCAGUUUAUAGAAAUAUUAUUGCAUUGCUUUUGUUAGGCCCCUUUGCUUAUUUCUUGGAAAAGAAAGAAAGACCACCCCUCACAUUCUCUCUAUUGGCUCAAUUUUGCUUUCUUGCAUUAAUAGGGAUCACAGCAAACCAAGGAUUUUAUAUCUUAGGGUUGUAUUAUGCAUCCCCAACCUUUGCUUCAGCAAUGCAAAACUCUGUUCCUGCUAUUACUUUCAUCAUGGCUUCUAGUCUAAGGCUAGAAAGAGUUCAUUUUAUGAGGAGAGAUGGCAUGGCAAAGAUUCUGGGAACCCUAGCAAGUGUUGGAGGAGCCACAAUUAUUACUCUUUACAAAGGGCCUCCCCUAUUAGGAGGAAGCAAUUCUUCUGAAGAAGAUAUGGUUGCUUCUCAAGAGAACGUGCUGGAUUGGACAUGGGGUUGUGUUUAUUUGUUUGGUCAUUGCUUAUCUUGGGCUGGUUGGAUGGUUCUUCAGGCACCUGUGGUGAAGAAGUACCCAGCCAAGCUAUCACUUACCUCAUUUACAUGCUUCUUUGGAUUAAUUCAGUUCCUAGCUAUAGCAGCUUUUACAGAAAGGGAUCCAAAAAAAUGGCUGAUCCACUCUGGAGAGGAAAUAUAUCUGAUUUUAUAUGCUGGUAUUAUCUCUUCUGGAAUAGUAAUCUCUCUCCAGACUUGGUGCAUUCAGAAAGGAGGACCAGUGUAUGUUGCUACAUUCCAGCCUGUGCAAACAGUAUUAGUUGCUGUCAUGGCUUUUGUAGUUCUUGGUGAUCAGUUGUACUCUGGAGGGAUACUUGGAGGACUUCUGAUAAUGGUUGGGCUUUACCUAGUUUUGUGGGGUAAAAAUGAAGAGAAAAGAAUUGUCAACCAACAUAAUACUGAAGAGACAACAUUGACAAAGCACCUUCUUGCUUCAAACAAGGAGGAAUCCUCCGCUGGAGCUGACAAUUGCUAACAAAAUCUGUCAAAUACACUUCACCUAUACACAUGAUCUGGGACAAGACUAGCAUCAUUUAACAUUUAAAUGUGGAAAGAUCUUCUUUUUUCCUUGAAAUAUUAGUUCUUAUUCUAUGGUUUCAUUCUAAA